UUUCACUUGUGUUGUACCACUGGUCGACUUGCCAAGGAUUUAUCAGGAGACCUUGAUCGAAGAAUUGGGACAAAGAUAGCAUACGUCAUGGCAUCGAGUCGAUCAUCCGUUCCGCUCGAGACAUUGGUCCAGGAUUGGUUACGGUUAGAUCGCAACCCCACUACUCGGAAAGAAAUCGAGCAGCUCCAGCAGGAUAAGAACCACGAUGAACUUGCCUCUCGAUUAUGCCAACGCAUCAAGUUCGGAACUGCUGGUCUCAGGGCACAUAUGUCUGCGGGAUUCUCGAGGAUGAACGAUGUGACGGUGAUUCAGGCCAGUCAAGGUUUGGCUGCUUAUCUAAUCAAGGACAUCCCUAAUGCUACUCAGAAGGGCAUCAUAGUCGGACAUGAUCACCGUCAUAAUUCGCACAGGUUCGCCCGUCUGGCCGUUACUGCAUUCUUGAGGCGCGGAUUCAGAUGCUAUCUGCUCGAUGGGUCUGUAGCUACACCAAUGGUCCCGUUUGGGGUCAAAUAUCUCGGAGCCGCUGCAGGUGUCAUGGUCACUGCUUCACACAAUCCAGCCGCUGACAAUGGCUACAAACUAUAUUACUCAAAUGGUGUUCAGAUCAUUUCUCCUCAUGACAAAGGGAUCGCUGCUUCCAUAGAGCAAAACUUAGAAAUAGAUGAGGAAGCUUGGAGUACAGAGCCUACUGCACAGAUAUCCGAAGCACUGCUAGUCAAUCGAACACAAGAGAUACAGGAUGCGUAUUUCAAGGCGAUUUCUGGCUUGGUAAGGCACUCCAAGUUAGAGAAUUCAAAGACUCCGCUCAAGUUCAUCUACACGCCAAUGCAUGGUGUUGGCUAUCCAUUUGCCACUCGAGCUUGUGUUGACACAGCAGGCUUUCCAUCCCAUGCCUGGCUUCCAGUUGAAGCCCAGAAAGAUCCCAACCCAGAUUUCCCAACCGUUAAGUUUCCCAAUCCUGAAGAAAAGGGCGCGCUCGACAUGGCGAUGAGUCUAGGGAAUAAAACUGUAGAGGCAGAUCGAGCGCAAAAGGUGAUGAUCCUGGCCAAUGAUCCCGAUGCUGAUCGUUUUUGUGCUGCUGAAUGGACCGGAUCUAAUUGGAAAACGUUUUCUGGUGACCAGAUUGGCGCCGUCUUUGCUUGCUGGACUUUGCAGAACUUCAAAAAAUUAGGGACACCGCUGGAUCGUAUCGCAAUGCUCUCUUCCACCGUAUCAUCUCACUUGGUGGCCCAAAUCGCUCGUCAGGAAGGCUUUAAAUUCAAAGAAACAUUGACCGGGUUCAAGAACAUUGGCAAUGAAGCAUUGAAUCUUGAGAAGGAGGGAUACAAAGUCCUGUUUGCAUAUGAAGAAGCUCUUGGAUACAUGUUUGAGACCGGGAUCUUUGACAAGGAUGGGCUUGCUUCCAUAGUGGUAUGGGCAGAACUUGCCACUGAACUAGCUCAGCGCGGCAGUUCGGUUGCGGAGUAUUUAGAGAAUAUUUAUAAGACUUACGGUUACUUUGCGACCAACAACGGCUAUUUUGUCUGCAAGGAUCCGUCUGCCGUCAAAGCCAAAUUCGACAGCUUGCGUUUCGGGGAGCAAUCUGAAGGGAAGCCCGACCCCUCCAGUCGAUCGAUGAUGCUGGAUCAACUCCGCUAUCCUAGCGCUUUGGCGGGCUAUCCAAUCACUCGCAUUCGGGAUCUGACCAUCGCCUAUGAUGACAGUUAUCCACCCCAAUGUCUGCCCGACCUGCCUUCAUCAUCCGAUGAGAUGAUCACCUUUUACUUCGGAGGUGAAGCAGGAGAGGUGAUUGCUACUCUAAGGACCAGCGGCACCGAGUCUUGGAAGCUCAAAUAUUAUGUGGAGGGCAGGGCUGAAGACCAACUGACUGCUCAGAAGAAAGUCGACCAAAUCGUCGCCGCUCUCGGCGAAGAGUGGGGUUUCUCUAAUCUAUGACUCUUGUAUUGAUCACUGUGUUUCUACUCUAGGUUGCUUGAAUGUAUUCCAAUUAUUACUCCCUUCCGAUGUAUAUGCAUAGUCUUGUAAUGUCCUUGGCCGAAUAAAGCUGAAUGUGAUACACUACUAGGUUAUAUGGGAUUUCGCACUUAUUCACAGUCUCCCAUUCGAAGAUUGACGCCAAAUCUCAGACAACUCAGAUCUGCAUUUCUGGAUCAAAAAUCACAGCCCUCAGUUGUUCUUUCGGCUGAGCCUAUUUCAAGCCGAG